CUCUCUCUCUCUUCAACAAUCACAAAAUGCACAACACACUCAAAUACCAUUAACAGAAAAGGCUUACAGAAAAGCAAGCAAAAGAAGGUUUUCCUUGGUUUUCUUUAUUUUUAUUUUUUCUCACUUUUCUUGCUGCCUCUGCUAAGCAUCUUUUGCUUACUUUUUCCCCUGUGCUUUUGCCUCCCAUUCACUCCUUCGUCUAGGAGAAAAAGAAAGUAAGAAAUUUGGUUAUAUUUUUCUGUCUUUGGUUCCUCUCAUUGUCUCCUCUUACAGCUUCACCUACAAUCUGUUCUACUUCUUUUUCUAUCCAUCUGGCAUUGUUUCUUGGUCACCAAAGUCUUGUCCCUUUCUUUUCUCCAUUUGAUUUUAAGUCUUUAAUCAUUUUCUUGGGUUUCGACUUUUGGGAUUUUCCUGGGAAUAGAUUUGGGAGAGAAUUCACAGUGCGAUUGAUUCCCUUUGUGGGUUUGCUUUAUUAAAGCCGUUGAAUUCAGUUUCUAGUGCUAUUCUUUUCUGGGUUUUCUUAAUGAAGCUGUAAAAUUCAGUUUUUUUUUUCCCCUUUUCUUUCAUGAACUUCAAUUCUUUGAAUUCUCACUGUAUCCUUCUUGACCUUCUUAGAUUGGGACAAAGUUUUGAUAUUUUUUGACCGAAAUUUCUUUACUUUUUUCACUUCUCUGUUUCAAUGGGACUUUGUCAUGGAAAACCCAUUCAGAACCCAGAAAAUCAACUCAAUAACUUGACAAUUAGUAGUGAGAGUGAUCCACCGCUGAAUUCCCGCUCUAACAAGUCCUCAAACUUCCCCUUCUACAGCCCAAGUCCUCUCCGAAGUGUCUUCAAGAACUCGCCGGCGAUAUCGAGCGUGACCUCCACUCCACUACGCCUGUUCAAACGCCCCUUUCCGCCUCCAUCUCCGGCCAAACACAUACGUUCAUUGCUUGCCCGAAGACACGGCUCUGUCAAACCCAACGAGGCAUCAAUCCCAGAGGGAACUGAGGGAGAGAUCGGUUUGGACAAGAAUUUUGGGUAUUCUAAACAGUUUCUGUCACAUUAUGAGCUUGGUGAAGAAGUGGGGCGUGGGCAUUUUGGGUAUACUUGCUCUGCCAGAGCCAAGAAAGGAAAUUUGAAGGGCCAGGAUGUGGCUGUCAAAGUUAUCCCAAAAUCUAAGAUGACCACCGCUAUUGCUAUCGAGGAUGUAAGACGAGAGGUGAAGAUAUUACGGGCUUUGACAGGACAUAAGAACCUAGUAGAGUUCUAUGAUGCCUAUGAGGAUGAUGAGAGUGUUUAUAUCAUAAUGGAGUUGUGUGAAGGUGGUGAACUAUUGGAUAGAAUACUCUCGAGGGGUGGAAAAUACUCGGAAGAAGAUGCAAAGAUUGUUUUGGUUCAAAUAUUAAGUGUCGUUGCCUUCUGUCAUCUCCAAGGCGUGGUUCACCGUGACCUCAAGCCGGAGAAUUUUCUUUUUACUACCAAAGAGGAGAAUUCUACUUUGAAGGCAAUUGAUUUUGGACUCUCUGACUAUGUUAAGCCUGAUGAAAGACUCAAUGACAUUGUGGGAAGUGCAUAUUAUGUAGCUCCUGAGGUUCUGCAUAGAUCAUAUGGGACAGAGGCAGACAUGUGGAGUAUUGGUGUGAUAGCUUAUAUUCUUUUAUGUGGGAGCCGACCAUUUUGGGCAAGGACGGAAUCUGGCAUCUUCCGAGCUGUCCUUAAGGCAGAUCCAAGCUUUGAUGAAGCUCCUUGGCCAUCUUUAUCCCCUGAGGCAAUAGAUUUUGUGAAGAGAUUGUUAAAUAAGGAUUACCGGAAGAGACUAACUGCAGCUCAGGCUCUGAGUCAUCCAUGGCUUGCCAAUCAUCAUGACCUAAAGAUACCAUUGGACACGAUAGUUUUUAAGCUUGCACGAGCUUAUACAUGCUCUUCUUCUUUACGAAAAUCAGCGCUGGGGGCUCUUGCAAAGACUCUAACCAUAUCUCAGCUAGCUUAUCUCCGGGAACAGUUUACAUUGUUAGGGCCAACCAAAAAUGGUUUCAUUUCUAUGCAGAACUUUAAAACGGCAAUGGUGAGGAACUCCACAAACGCCAUGAAGGAUUCCCGGGUCCUUGAUUAUGUCCAGAUGGUUGGUUCCAUUCAGUACAGAAAACUAGAUUUUGAAGAUUUUUGUGCAGCUGCCAUAAGUGUGCAUCAGCUGGAAGGAAUGGAUUGUUGGGAGCAACAUGCGAGUCGUGCUUACGAGUUGUUUGAGAAAGAUGGAAACAGACCUAUUAUGAUAGAAGAACUUGCCUCGGAACUUGGGCUGAGCCCCUCGGUACCUGUUCAUGUAGUUCUUCAGGACUGGAUUCGACACACUGAUGGAAAGCUGAGUUUCUUGGGUUUUGUAAGACUUCUCCACGGUGCUUCCUCGCGCGCAUUUCAGAAGGCUUAAAAUUGAAGACCUGCUAGGCAUAGUAUUAGUUCAACUUCUAUUAUCGCUCUCCUUGUGCUGAAAUGUCCAAAGGAGACAAAACCGUGUGCCCGAUGUGAUCCGAGACAAACCAGCUUCAUCCUGAUCACCCAAAGAGGGUUGCUACAAAGUUCAAGAUAUAGCCUUCAUGGCAUGCAUUUGCUAUCAGCAACAUUAGCAGCAUUUUCUUCAUUAGUCCACAAGUUCUCUCUAUAUUUUCUUGAAUUUUUCCUGUUUUGUGAUUGUUUAGAUGAUGAUAUGUACAGAUGAGGGUAGAAUGAGAAAGUGUAUUCUAGGGGAUUUAGCAAAUAGAUUGGGAUUGAAGUGGGUUGUGGUUUCUUGGGUUUAUCUCUUGUACCCAUCACACUUUUUUUUUUUGAGUUUUAAUAGUAAAGUUUUCUUCAUGUGAUCAA